AUAAAUUACAGGAAAUACACUUGAAGAACGGUAGUAGGUAGGAGAGAGAAAUAAAAAAUUGUCUAGAAAGAGAAAGUAGAAAAAAGAAACGUUAUCGGAUUUCAAACGCUUAUCUUUUACAAUUCGCCGGCAAAUUGAAAUUUCCUUCUCGAAGCCGGCGAUUUUGAGGGUUUUAUGACUAUUUUUUCCAUUCGUAUUUGAAUUUUAACGGUUAGGGUUUGGUGUUAGGGUAUUAAUUCCGGUUCAAGAUUUACGAAAAAUCUGAUUCACCAAAAUCAAUUGGUGAUCUGUAAUGAAGUUGGGUUAGUUCAAUUUACUUGCUGGUGUGUUGAAAAAUUGCUGGAAGCUAUGUUAACUCCUCAAAAGAAGGUUUCUUCGCCAUGUUCUCUUACUCCGAGAAGAGAGAAUCAGAAAACUCCGGCGGGUAAUUCGAAUUCUAAUGGUAGAGUUUCUGAAAAUGGUGGGAAUCUUUCUGGGGAUGUUGGAGAUCUUGAAGAUUUGGAUGAAAAGGUUGCUAAACUUGAGAAUGAGUUAUUUGAAUACCAAUAUAAUAUGGGACUUCUCUUGAUUGAGAAGAAAGAAUGGAGUUUGAAGAUUGAUGAUCUUCAACAAGCAUUGAAAGAGCAGAAGGAUUUCCUAAAGCGUGAACAGGCAGCUCAUUUAAUUGUAAUUUCUGAUCUCGAGAAAAGAGAGGAAAAUUUAAGGAAGGCCUUGGGUGUGGAGAAGCAGUGUGUUAUUGAUCUGGAGAAGGCAUUGCGUGAACUGAGAUCUGAGUAUGCUGAAAUCAAAUUUACUGCUGACUCGAAGUUGACCGAAGCCAAUUCUUUGGCUGCUAGCAUCGAGGAAAAAUCUUUAAAAGUUGAAGCAAAGCUACGUGCUGCUGAUGCUAAGUUAGCAGAGUUUAGUAGAAAGAGCUCUGAAAUCGAGAGAAAGAUGCAAGAUUUAGAAAGUCGAGAAAGUGCUCUACGAAGGGAGCGGUUGUCUUUUUACUCAGAGAAAGACGCACAUGAUGCUACUUUGUCUAAGCAAAGAGAAGAUUUGCUAGAAUGGGAGAGGAAGUUAAACGAAGGAGAGGAGAGAUUGUGCGAAGGUCGGAGAAUCUUAAAUCAAAGAGAGGAGAGAGUGAAUGAAUUUGAUAAGGGCUUUAAACAGAAGGAGUGUGAGCUAGCUGAGGUACAAAAGAAGAUAGAUAAAACUAAUAUGGAUUUGAAGAAGAAAGAGGAUGAGAUUAGCCAAAGGCUAACUAGCAUAACUUUAAAGGAGAAGGAAGUUGAUGCUAUGAAAAAAAAAGUAAUUGAAGUAAAAGAGGAGUUACUUGUUCGGGAACAAGAACUUAAUGAGAGAGAAAAGAAUGAGGUCCAGAAACUUCUUGACGAGCACAAGACUCACUUAGAUGCAAAGAAGCAGGAGUUCGAAUUUGAGAUGGAUCAGAAGAGGAGAUCUGUUGAUGAAGAAUUAAAGAGUAAGGUUGUUUUAUUAGAGAAGAAGGAAAUUGAAAUUAGCCACGCAGAAGAGAAAAUUGCUAAGCGUGAACAAGCUCUGGAGAAGAAAUUGGAGAAGUUUAAGGAGAAAGAGAAUGCUUUGGAAUCAAAACUGAAAGAACAUAAGGAAAAAGAAAAGAGGAUUAAUCAAGAGAAGAAGCAAUUGGAGAAGGAGAAGAAACAGAUUGAAAAGGAGACCGAGAAUUUCCUCAAGCUCAAAGAAGAUUUGGAGAAUGUCAAAGCUGCCAAUGAGGAGAAACUGCUGAGGAUACAACAAGAAAAGGAAGAGCUGCGGGUGACCGAAGAAGAGAAAUCAGAGCAUUUACGUCUUCAGUCUGAACUAAAACGGGAGAUAAAUGACUGCAGAUCUCAAAAGGAAGCGCUUUUGAAGGAAGCUGAUGAGUUGAAACAGGAAAGGAUGAAGUUUGAGCAAGAUUGGGAUUCACUUGAUGAAAAAAAGGAAGAAGUUGAACAGGAGUCAAAAAAGCUAACAGAAGAGAAAGAGAAGUGGGAAAGAUGGAGGCACUUGGAAGAGGAAAGAUUGAGGAAUGAAAGUAUAGCUUCCGAGAAGAAGAUCGAAAGUGAGCGUAAAGCUCUUGAAUUAGAAAAAGGUUUAUUUGCCGCUCAUGUGGAGCAUCAGAAGUUGGUGUUGUUAGAGAGAGAACAAAGUGAACGGAGUAAAAUAGUUGAUGAUCUUGAACGGCAGAAAAGAGAACUUGAGAUGGAAAUGCGGAAGAUUCUUGAAGAAAAGGAACGAGAUCUUUCUGAAAGAGAGAAAUUGUUUGAGGAGGAGAGAGAAAAGGAACAGAGUAACUUGAAUUACUUGAGAGAAACAGCUGAAAGGGGAAUGGCGGAAAUGAAAGAGGUGCAGAGGAGGAUCGCCAAGCAAACAGAGGAAGUGUCUGCUAGUAAGAAGGACUUGGAAGGGCGUAGACUUGAAAUUCAGAAGGAUGUAGAUGAGCUUCUGGUUCUUAGUGGCAAGUUGAAGGACCAGAGAGAGCAGCUUGUUAGGGAGAGGGAGAGGUUCAUUGCUUUUGUUCAGAAAUUUAAAGGUUGCGAGCAAUGUGGUGAAGUAACGCGCGAGUUUAUGCUCUCCGAUCUUCAAUUUUUGCAUGAUAUGGAGAAGCGGGAGAUUAUUCCACUACCAAAACUAGCUGAGGAUUAUGUCAGAAAUAGCCUGAAGGAGAAUUUUUCGUCUGAGAUUCAGAAUGAUGAGAGGUCUCCUAUUCCUGGGCACAUAGAAUCUUCGACCCCGGCAAAAACUGUUUCUUGGUUGCGAAAGUGCACAGAGAAAAUACUGAAGUUCUCGCCUAUAAAAAUAGGAGAGCCAUCUGGAAUGGAGAAAAAUGUAGGAGAUGCCUCUCCAGUUGACGAGGAUGCUGAUGCAAGUCCAGCUUCUGAUAGUCAUAAUGUUGUUGAAGAGGAGCACGAUGUGUCAUUGAAAGUGGCAAGCGAUUCGUUUGACAAUCAAACAGCAGUUAAUGAGAGUGUCAGGUUAGAAGGUGAUCAAGAUCCUUCAGUUGGAACAUGGGGUAAUACCAACAAUGCUAAUGAACAUGAAACAUCCCAGAAAUCUGAUUUUAAUGGUCAGCAUGGAAAGAAACCGAGGCGCAAAGUAAAUAGGACACGUUCAGUGAAGGCAGUGAUUAAAGAUGCUAAAGACAUAGUUGGUGAUCCAAUUGAUCUGACUGUUAGUGAGCAACCUAAUGGUGAUGUAGAAGACUCUACACAUAUGGAUGACAGGAGUCGAGAGGUUUCUGGUCUUGCGGGUAAAGAAAAUUUGAAAAAAGGAAGAAAACGUGGCCGUCCUCGCGCUUCACAAACUACCGCAAGUGAACAUGAUGAUGGGUUGAGUGAAGUUCGUUCUGAUAGUGUUGCUGGUGGGCCUAGAACGAGACGAAGGAAAGUGGCGGCUACUUUGCAAGCUCCUGCUGAAAAGCGAUAUAAUCUCCGGAACUUGAGUGCUGGAACAGGUGCAGCUGUAAAAACCUCAUCUGAUAGACAACAAAAUAAGGAUGAAAAACAUGGUCGAAAACAGAUUGUAGAUGGAAAUGAUAAUCCAGGGCCUUCGCAUUCAGCGGGAGUUGCGAGUGAUAACAGUGCAAGUAUAAACUUGAUGCAGGUUCAGGGCGAGGAGGCAACUCCUGUACCUAAACGGAAGAUUGUUACUAUUGUGCAGAGUGAAGAGGUGAACGGAACUCCCGAUGGGCAUGAUGAGCAUGGUGACGUAGAUUUUGAUAUCGCAGGAGAGGACGGGGAUGAGGAUGAGGAUGAGGAUAACGAUGAAGAGGUCGAGCACCCAGGUGAAGCUUCUAUAGGAAAGAAACUCUGGAAAUUCUUGACGACAUAACGCCUUUUGGGACAUUGUCAUCAGCUGAUUAUAGCCGUUGCUCUUCGUUUGUAGUUCUAUAUCCCCUUGAUUAUUUCUUUUGGCAAUAUCCCCAAUGUAUUUAUGUAUUAGCAUAAUCAAAUGUAGAGUCAUGAACCACUGAAUCUCUAUACAAAGUUUUAGGAAUAGAUCGGUCUAGCGACGUCUGGUGCUUUCAGGUAGGGGUAAUAGGAUGUGUUUAGUGUCUAUUCUUAACAAAGAGAUUAGAGGAGUGUAGUCGUGGCGGCGCCCAUGUGUUUUUUGCAGGUGGACUUUGCUUACCACAUUGUGUAGUGCAUGUCAUAUUGGUUUGUAUCAUUGGUUUGGAGAUGAUUGAAAUUAUUUGCUCAGCUUUGUAUUCCUUUGUUUACCUUUCCCAAUGGGAAGGUACUUUGCUCUAAUGAUGAAUCAUGUAAUUCCUUUAUUGACUUAGCAUUUGAUCAUAAAUUCAUAUUGUAA